UCCGGCCCGCACUGCCCGUGCCGGCUGCUGCCGCUGCCGAGCGGGAUAAAACCUGUCCCGGCUGCCUCCCCCUCCCUUCAGAGCCCUCCCUGCCCCGAGCGGUGCCUGGGAGCCGCUGGAGCUAAGGGCAGCUCCCGGCUGCUGCCCCUCGUCCCCCCUCUGUCCUGCCGGGGCUGCUGCCCCUCGUCCCGCUGGGGAUGCCCUGUGCCGCCCUAAGGCUCCUCUUCCUCAGGUGUUGACCAUGAGGACACUGGUACCAGCUGUGGCUGUGUGGGGGAGAACAGCCCCCUCUCACAGCAUCACUGCUGUUAUGAUCACAGAUGACCAGCAGACCAUAGUUACAGGAAGCCAAGAAGGACAAAUUUGUCUCUGGAAUCUUUCAUCAGACUUACAGAUUUCAUCUAAAGAAAUUCUCUUUGGCCAUACUGCUUCUAUAACUUGUCUGGCAAAAGCAAGAGAGUUUGAGAAACAGCCAUAUGUAGUAAGUGCUACUGAAAAUGGGGAGAUGUGUGUUUGGAAUGUCACUAGUGGACAGUGCAUUGAGAACGCAAAGCUUCCUUAUAGGCAUACAGCAAUCCAUUAUUACCAUUGCUCAUUCCGAAUGACAGGUGAAGGUUGGCUUCUUUGUUGUGGAGAAUAUCAAGAUGUUCUUAUUAUUGAUGCUAAAACUUUGGGUGUUCUUCACACUUUGUCAUCAUCUCAGUCUUCUGAUUGGAUAAAUUGUAUGUGCAUUGUACACUCUGCAAGAAUUCAAGAAGACUCUUUGGUUGCAGUGUCUGUAGCUGGAGUUCUCAAAGUGUGGGACCUGUCUUCAUCUCUGAGUAACAUUCAGGAGAAACAAAGUGUGUGUGAGAAGGAAUCAAAGUCUCUGGACUGCAUAAAUUGCCAAGCAGUAAGAUUUUGUACUUACACGGAAAGGCUCCUUCUAGUUGUGUCCUCCAUGUGCUGGCAGGUCUAUGAUUAUUGUGAUUUCUCCUUGCUUUGUACUGAGUUCUGUAAGAGUGGUCAGUGCUUUGCUGGUGGGGAAGUGCUGGCAGCUUACAGACUUAUCAUCUGGACAGAAGAUGGCCACAGUUACAUCUACCAGCUGCUAAACAGUGGCCUUUCUAAAAGCAUGUACCCUGCUGAUGGGAAGGCGUUAAAGGAAACAGUUUAUCCUCAUUUACUCAGCUUUACUGGUAUGAAGGAAAAUAAGAGUCUUCCUUCCGUCAUGGGCUUCAUGAAUGAAAGAAAGGAGCCUUUCUACAAGGUUCUUUUUUCUGGUGAAGCUUCAGGACGAAUCACUUUGUGGCAUGUUCCCGAUGUUCCUGUGUCAACGUUUGAUGGUUCUCCAAAAGAGAUCCCAAUUACAACCAUGUGGACUCUUCAGGAUAAUUUUGAUAAACAUCGUUCCAUGUCAGAGGGCAUUAUUGAUCAGCUUUGUGGAUCUGAAGAUGGAUUUGGAAAUGCAGUUGUCAGUUCCUCUGUGUACAUACCUGGUCUUGAUAAGCUUGUAUGCGGAUGUGAAAAUGGGAAAAUUUUUGUAACAUUAGGUUUAAAAACUGCCAGAGCAAGACUUUUAGAAAACAUAUCUUUUCUUAAAGAUAAUUUACCUUAUAAGGUUUUGAAUGGUCACAGUAGCAGAGUCACUUGCUUACUUUAUCCACAUGACCAAUCAGUGAGAUUUGAUCCAAGCUGGCUGUUAUCAGGGGGCCAGGAUUCUGUCGUGAUCUGCUGGGAUAUAUUUACUGGAGGCAUCCUACACCAGUUUAAUCUGCAGUGUGGUGCAGUGACAGAGCUCUUGCGAUCCCCAGAACACUACAGAUUAAAAGACCAGAGUAUAGUGUGCUGUGUGUGCAGUGACCACUCAGUAGCAAUUCUACACCUUCAGAAGAGACAGUGUCUCUUACAUGCCAGAAAGCAUCUGUUUCCUGUGAAGAAGAUAAAAUUUGACCCUCUUGAGAAUGUGCUAAUUGUUGGAUGUGAAGACAACUCAGUUUAUGUUUGGGAAAUUGAAACAGGCACUCUGGAACGACAUGAAACCGGUGAAACAGCAAGAGCAAUUCUUGCUGCCAUUGACGAUUCAGAAUACUUAGUGGCAGAUGCUCUACUUCCUGUGCCUCAGGAGUCAAAACAAAACAAGAAUUCUGGAUCCAAACACUCCAGCUCAUAUAAGCAUGGCAUGGGCCCUUCUCUUACUCCUGCAGAGAAAUCUUCAGAUAAGUUGACUGAAACCAGCUGCAUCCAGCAACCCUUUACUAUUUUACCAGCUAAGACAAAAUGGAACAAUGCAAACUUUCAUAUUCUCUUAUUUGACCUGGAAAAACUUGAGGAACUUCUCUCAUCUCAACUCAAUGGAUUAAAAUCAUCAAAAUCAUUCCACAACCAGUACACUCUAGAAAGAGCUAAAAGUACUACUGAGAAAAGGGCACUGACAUUAAAAAGAAAUAAAAGUGCUGCCUUCGUACCUAGAGUGGAUGGGCAGGCAGAGCCUGUUUGUUCAGACCAAGUUCAUAGGGAUAAUAAUGCAGCUAGGCCUGUGGAAGAGGGUGGAGGCAUGAAAAGACGGAAAAAAAUGAAGAGCUCAAGAAAGAUCAGAAUGCAGCCAUCAGGAAACAUCGAUGUGAACGUCACCACUGAUACAGCUAAACUGUUUUUGUCAUGUCUCCUACCAUGGGGUUUAGAUAAAGAAAUAGACAAUCUCUGUGCAAGACACUUGGAUAUCUCGAGGCUCCAGUGUCCUGUUUCUUUUGGGCUUGUGUCAGAUGAAAGCCACCUCUCACUGAUGUUACCAGGAUGGAAAUGUAGUGAUUGUGGUGUGCCAGGAGAACAUGAAGUUUUCAAUUUGUUUUCAAAAAGGGUCCUUGAUUUAUCAAACAAAUACCUUGCUGCAACUGAAGGACAAUCUGGAAAGAAGGAUGGACCCGAGAAUGAUGAUUAUGGAGCAAGGGACUUGGAAACACUAUUUUUCUUAUUUAGCAGAAUAGCUUUAAUCAACAGGCUAAUUAACACAUAUUCAGCAAUUACAGAUGAAAUCGAAAGUCCACAGAAACCAGAAUCUGUACAUGACAAAUGGCGAAAUGUAGAAGCAGUAACACUUUCUUGCUCCAGUUUUUAUGGAGACUUACCAAGCAGUAAGAGUAGAUAUCAUUCCCCAGACUUUGGGAGCAUUUCAUUGCUGAAACUCAUUUGUUGUUGGAAUGACCAAUCUGUAAAGAUUAUUGAGGCAAUGCAAGCAGUGCUGCUGGCAGAAGUUCAAAGGACUAUUAAUCCCUUGAGAAAGACGACAGUUUGCAGAGAGCCAUUGGCCAUAGUAGAGAAUGGAAAUGUCAGUGUGCUGAAGCAUGACAAGAGCUCCAACUCGGCAAACUUCCAAGAUGUGGAGGAUACGCCUGACAGAUGUGUCUUGGAAGAGUCUGAGAGUCCAGAUGACAUGAAGCCACAUCCCUGGAUAUCUAAGGUGUGCUCCUGUAAGGUGUGUUAGAAAAAGCCCGCUGAGAUGAAAGAGUUGGAAGAUGUAGAAGGACAGCCCAAAACAGGACAUAUAUGGUGUGGUGGACAUGAAAUCCCUUUUUGUAUUUAUUACAGUACCUUUAACAAUUCAUUUUCAGAAGAAAUACCUUCCAUAAGAUCAACUUAUUUUGGCUGAUUUAUUGGCUUCAAUUCACACUUCCAUUACUAAUAGAUUUACAUGUAUUCAACUAAAUUUGAGCAGUUUUGUAGUAGAAAAUAUUAACUCUUUAUUUUUAGAUAGCAUUCACUUGUUUAUGUAGUGAUCUUUACAACUUUGACUGACAUUAACAAUUAUAUCAAUUUUAGUAUUGUUUUACAUACAUCAGAUUUCAAUUUUUCUCUCUCCUUCCUUCUGAAUUUUUUUACCAAUAACAUUUUAACACUGAGAAAAACCAAAUGCAUUUCAAAUAAUUUCCUGUUUUCACUAAAAAGAGAAAUUCACAAUUUGAAUUAAACAUGAAAAAUUUAGAAAUAACUAAAAUACAAAGAAUGAUCUGUGCACAUUAGAGAAUAGGAAAUUGAUAACAAAUCUGGUCAUGUCUAGAAUGCAAAUUUUCCUUUUCUCUAAAUACUACCAUUGCCAUCGUCUGUAAAAAUGCAGUACCAGUAUGGAACUGGAGAAGCCCAUUGGGGUCCUCUUCUGAAAUUAUGUACUUCAUUGAAUAUCCAUUUGUUUUCAUUGGAAAAAGCAGCUAUACCAUUUUUACUUUUUUUUUUUU